AUGAAUAUAGAUAUUCGCAGAGUCUUACAAAAUGCUCCUGGGAAUGCCAAGUAUACUUCUCCCAUUAUUCAAAAACAAAUUUUAAAUAUACUAGGUAACAAAGUUAGAACCAAGAUUUGGGAGGAAGUGGGAGAUGCCAAAUUUUGUAUCCUUAUUGAUGAAGCUGUUGAUGUAUCUAAUAGGGAACAAAUGGCUAUCAUUCUUCGAUUUGUUGAUUUUGAUGGGUUUAUUAGAGAACGGGUUUUCAAAGUGCUUAGUGUGGCAGACACUUAUUCUCAAACUCUAAAAGAUGAGAUAUCCAAAGUUCUUACUCAAUAUGAUCUUCAAGUAGAAAAUAUGCGUGGGCAAGGAUAUAAUGGUGCUAGCAAUAUGCGGGGUGAAUUUAAUGGUUUACAAGCUUUGUUUCGUGAAGAGUGUCCAUAUGCAUAUUAUGUUCAUUGUUUUGCUCAUCACUUACAAUUGACUUUAAAUGCUGCAGCUAAAGGGGUGCAUGAUAUUUGGGAAUUCUUUUCAACUCUAAGUUUGAUUGUAAAUUUUGUUAAUUCUUCUGCAAAAAGACAUUCAGCUUUGAGAGUUAUCAGAAAAGAAGAAAUUGCAGAUUUAGUGGCUGCUGGAGCACUUGAGACUGGUAGAGGUGCUAUUCAGCUUUGCACUUUGCAACGAGCAGGGGCUAAUCGUUGGGGUUCACAUCUCCACUCUAUUUCAAGUUUGAUUAAGUUAUUUGGAGCUACCCAAACAACUCUUGCAGAUUUGGUUGCAAAUGGACUAAAUAAAGUACAAGGAGAAGCAAAGAGUGUAGGUAAUGCAAUGAAGCGUUUUGAUUUUGUGUUUUGCUUGCUUUUGAUGUAUGAUGUCAUGAAUAUUACUGAUUUUCUUUAUCAGUCAUUGCAAAAAAAGCCAUAG